AUGGCCGCGCCGCCGGCUAGGGCCCGCGCCGACUACGACUACCUCAUCAAGCUCCUCCUCAUCGGCGACAGCGAUGCUUGGUUUGUUUUCUUCAGAACACCGCUGCUAGGUGUUGGCAAGAGUUGCCUCCUCCUACGGUUCUCUGAUGGCUCCUUCACUACUAGUUUUAUUACUACAAUAGGUAUUGACUUCAAGAUAAGAACAAUUGAACUGGAUGGCAAGCGCAUUAAGUUGCAAAUUUGGGAUACAGCCGGUCAAGAGCGAUUCAGGACUAUCACGACAGCAUACUACCGGGGAGCCAUGGGAAUCUUGCUUGUUUAUGAUGUCACGGAUGAGUCAUCUUUCAACAACAUACGGAACUGGAUACGCAACAUUGAGCAACAUGCCUCUGAUAAUGUGAACAAAAUUUUGAUAGGCAACAAGGCUGAUAUGGAUGAGAGUAAAAGGGCUGUUUCUACUGCAAAGGGACAAGCACUAGCGGAUGAAUAUGGCAUCCAGUUCUUUGAAACUAGUGCCAAGACAAACCUCAAUGUUGAGCAAGUUUUCUUUUCCAUUGCCCGAGAUAUUAAGCAGAGGCUUGCUGAGACUGAUUCCAAGCCCGAGGACCAGACGAUCAAGAUUAACAAGACAGAAGGUUCUGAGAAUCCAGAAUCUCAGAAAUCUGCUUGCUGUGGCUCAUGA